AUGGCAGCGAUACACUUUUUCAUGGUGCUGCUUGUAGCAAGUAGUUUAUCAGCUAAGGAGGUCGGCAAAGCGAAAGUAUCGAAACUCCUCGAGAACGGAAUCAAAGACGCGCCCGCAGGAAAGCCAGCGAAACGUGGGAUCUUUUCCUCUGGCCACGGAUACGGCGGAGGCAUUGGUCUCGGCUACGGAUCAGGCAUUGGCUCUUCAAUCAUCUCUUCAGGCCACGGCUACAUUGGUGGAGGUCUAUCGAGCGGGGUCGGGAUUGGAUACGGCUCAGGAAUCGGAAUCUCCUCUGGACCAGGAAUAGCUAUUGGUGGUGGAGGUAUCGGAGGUGGGUUUAUAGGAGGAGGUGCUGGGAUCGCCGUGGGAGGUGGACCAGCGGUAGGCAUAGCCGCCGCACCUGCAGUAGCUGUCGCUGCCGCUCCAGCGGUUGCUGUAGCACCAGCUGCGGUUCAGACCUCGGUCUCAGUGCAACCGAACCCCGUAAUCCUCCGCCAAGAGGUCCCAAGAUUCAUCACCAGAACAAUCACCAGGGACGUCCAGGUACCCGUGCAAGUACCUGUACCAGUGCCAGUCGACCGUCAAGUGCCAGUGCCAGUCAGAGUACCCGUGCCAGUCCCUGUCGACAGACCGUACCCAGUCAUCCAGAAAGUACCGGUUGAAGUGACGAGGCAAGUACCUGUGUACUACGAGAAGAGAGUGCCCAUUCCGGUCAAGGUCCCGGUGUCCGUCCCAGUGCCUUACCCGGUCACAGUUGAGAAGCAAGUGCCAGUUGACCGUCCGGUGUACGUCGACCGUCAAGUGCCUGUACCUCACCCAGUGUACAUCGAUCGGCCUGUGAAUGUUCCAGUACCAGUGCAUGUAGACAGGCCAGUGCCAGUGCCUCACCCAGUAGUAGUUGACCGACCAGUGGCUGUUCCUCACCCAGUGGUUGUUGAGAAACAAGUCGCUGUAUCAGCUGUACCGGCUAUCUCAACUGGUGUAUCAGCUUAUGGAGGUGGAUUGUCUUACGGCAGUGGAUUGUCAUACGGCGGUGGAGUGUCUUACGGCAGUGGAUUGUCUUACGGCAAUGGAUUGUCUUACGGAAGUGGUUUGUCUUACGGAAAUGGAUUAUCGUACGGCGGCGGUCUGUCCCACGGUCUGUCCCACGGCCUCAUAGGAGGUGGAUAUUCAUCCGGAAUCGUAUCCGGCCACGGCAUCUCAUCUGGCCUGUCCGGUGGAUACUCGAAGAUCAUCACUAGCCAUUAA